CUGUUAACUGCACAGGUGGUGGGAACAACAACAGUUUGUCUGUGAGUCUAUGAGUGUGUGUGUGCUCGUGAAAAGAGAGCCGGAGGAUCGAUCUGCAAAAUCUAGGAAAGUCUCUGUAUUUGUGAGGUUUAGUGGAACAACACUCAGAUCAGCUGAAAGAAGAAUAAUUAAGGUGUCGGAGCACAGACUAAUGAGAAGCUAAAUUCUACUCCGAACCUUGAUUGAUUACAACUAGCCCAAGAUCCAACACACUAACAGAGUUCUGAAUCAGGGUUGGGAUGUGGAGAAUAUCAAAAUGAGAAGAGGACCUGCAGAAAUGGCGGAUAACGACCUAGCUGCAGACCAAAAAAAUAUAAUCUCCAGAACCCGGCAGUGUGGAGCAGGUUUAAUCUCCCUCCGGGAUGAUCAUAUUGAUAUUUUGGAGAAUAUCCGACAGGAGAAGGAUGGAACCUCUACUCCACUCCUGGAGGAGAGGAUUGCAGCUGUGACUGAGAGUUUAGAAAAACUAGAGGUUGGAGUUGCUGAGUCUGGAGUACUUCUAUCUCUAGCUGGACAUUUUGAUAAACUAGAAGCUGACAGAACCCUGGCUAGACUAGAGAGCAAGCGGAUACAGGAUGAGAAUGAAUGGUUACGAGAGGAGCUGGAGGACACAGAAAAAAGGUUGGAGGAUGCCCUCUCCAGGUUGGCGGAGUUAGAGGAGGAGAAGUUACACUGGACCUUCAUGGAGGAGGUUCGGAGAGGAGAGCAAGAGGCGGACUUGAGACCGAUAACUCCAAGUAAAAUCCCUGUCGGAGCCUGGAGAGCAGAGGAGGAGAAAGCGAUAAACCGAGCUUUAAACGGACCCAACGGGAGUAUGGAUUCGAACCGGCAGUCUUCAGAGAGAGCUAUAUCCCCGGCUCCACCCUCUAGAAUCCCCAAAUUUUCUUUCAAACUCGGGGCGAACUACAGAGCAGUGCAGGAGAAGAUAGAGAAGGCUAACAAUGAGCGUGAGGAGAAGGGGAGGAAAAUGCGAGGGAAACGUCACAAAUUAACCCUGACCCCGGCCACAUCACACUCCAAGAUCCCGAGUAGAUGACAGGAGGAGGAUAUCACGCAGAGUCUUCAUAUACCACGCUCCAAGUCCCAAGGGAGACAGGGGACUAACCUGCUACAAAAGUGCAGAAGUGAUUCUAGUCUCACUCGAUACAGUAGAACCCAGCUCCGGCCUGUACUCGGAGGAGAUUUCUAAUCCAUGUACAGUGUGUACAUAACCUGGUACAAUGCACAACUAUAAAUAGUGUUUUUUAUAGAACUCUUUAUACGAAAUUAUAGAUGGCGAGAAGAAAACCUAACAUAGAUAUUUCUCAACUCCGAAGAUAAUUAAAGUUUUGUUAAGAUUGUAUAGAUUAUUAGCAGAUAUCUUGCUAAAGACAUUUACCACAAUUUCCCAUAGUCCGGUAAUAAUUUUCAAAUUUAAUUUAACUAAUCAACAAAUGGAAUUUUCAUGAAUUGUACUGAACAUGAAACAGAAAUUAUACUUUAAGCUUCAUUUAUAUUUCAAUACCUCUAUCUAUACGCUGUACUCUGCAUAAUAGUUUAUUUUUACUGUACACAGUUACGCAGAAAGGUCAAAUUUUAUUGAAAUUAACGAGUUGCAUUUUUUUAGAAUAUUAAGAAAAUAUCAAAAAGUUUAAAUUUUUGAAUAAUCUGCACAAAAAUCUUUCAACCCAAAAAAAUACAAUAUUUAAGUAUAAACUAAAGACUAUUUGUGUACAGUUUUACAUCUCCUCAGAGGCUGAAUAAUAUUUACGUUUACGUGCAAAUGCAACCUAAUAUUACACAAAUGGAAAUUUUAAAUAUAGCAGUUCAAAUUCUAGUCGAAACAUGCAAAACAACUUGUACACUGCACAGUGUACAGGGUACAACCAAAAGUUGUUCCAUUUGUUCCAUGUUCCAAAAUUAUGAAUUAAAUCACUAAAAUUUACGGAUUUGAAACAACGUGAUCGUUAUUAUAUUCAGACAUAUUAUUUGAAUCUUUAAACUUCUCUUGUUUAACCUGAUCAAUGAGACUAUGUGACACUAAUCCUUUUAAAAAGCACAAAAUAUUUAUUCAAAUUUACGGGGAACACAGAUUCAAUUUUUUUUCAGGCCCUGUUUUUUUGUGGCAUCCUUUCUCCCAUUAAUAAGAUGUUGAACCCUCUCUAAUCUUAAUUUGAAUAUUAAGUUACAGUUGAGAGUUUCAUAUGUAAUAAGACGCCUUGGCUUGAAUUUUCGGGUUUAAUUCUUAAAUAUAUAUUCAAUAUUCAUGUAUUAUAUUGUCUAAGAGAUCUAGUUAUAGAUAUAUUACACAUGUUUAUGCAUUAAGCUGGUGAUAUUAACUCCAGGAUGAACCUGGUUUUUACUACUAUUGAUAUCUACGGGAAGAUUAAUACAUUGUUGCGCUUCCA